UAGUAUUUUACCUUUGAGUAACUGUCCCCAGCUGCAGUGCUGCAGGCACAUUGUUCCCGGGCCUCUGUGGUGCUCCGAUGCCCCUCACCCACUGUCGAAGAUCCCCGGUGGGCGAGGGGGUGGCAGGGAUCCUUCUCUUUCAGCUCUGAUAUAUAAGGACGAGAAGAUCACUGUUAACCAAGAUGUCCCAGUGCACGAAGGGAAGCCUCACAUUGUCCACUUCCAGUACAAGGUCACAGAGGUGAAGACCUCCUCCUGGGAUGCAGUGCUCUCUAAUCAGAGCCUCUUUGUGGAAAUCCCUGAUGGAUUAUUAGCUGAUGGAAGCAAAGAAGGGUUGUCGGCGCUGCUGGAGUUUGCUGAAGAAAAAAUGAAAGUGAACUACGUCUUUGUUUGCUUCAGAAAAAGCAGAGAGGACAGAGCUCCACUCCUGAAGACAUUCAGCUUCUUGGGCUUUGAAAUCGUGAGGCCUGGCCACCCCUCUGUCCCGUCGCGGCCGGACGUGAUGUUCAUGGUGUACCCCCUGGAUCAGAACUCUUCCUCUGAUGAAGAAUAGCUGCAGCGGGGGACUCCAGCGUGACCUGGAAACGCCGCUGAGGGGAGAGAGGCUUCCAUCUCCUUUCUUGAGGAAAGGGAAGACCAGCUUCUGUUGGACUGAAACUGCAUUUCUCAUUGUUAGAUUGGCCUGUGUAUCCGCGGAGUUGGCUGUCUCAUUGAAACGUGUUGCCUAGAGAGCUUAUCCACACACAUGUAAUCACCACGUAGUAAGUGGAAGAUGUUUAGGAACUGGCA